AUGUCAUCUAAAGAUGAAUGUCAAUCAUUUGAAAUCGGUAUACGUAAACGUAUUGCUCUAGUUGCACAUGAUAAUAAAAAAAGUGAAUUAAUUGAAUGGGUUAAACGAAAUCAUGAUCAAUUAAUACAACAUGAACUUCAUGCAACUGGUACAACAGGUUCUUUAAUUGAAGCUGUAUUAGGUAUUCCAGUUAUUAAGUACAAAUCUGGUCCAUUAGGUGGUGAUCAACAACUUGGAGCUAAAAUAGCUGAACAAUCUAUAGAUAUGCUUAUUUUUAUUGCUGAUCCACUUGAAGCACAACCACAUGAUUCUGAUAUUCGAGCAUUAACACGUUUAGCAAGUGUUUGGAAUAUCCCAAUGGCAUGUAAUUUAUCAACAGCUGAUUUUCUUCUUACUUCUCCAUAUAUGAUAAAUACAUAUAAACGUAUUGUACCAACAUUUGAACAUUAUUUAAAACGAAAUAUUAAAAUAAAUUAA